AUGCAUAUCACAACAUUCUCAUCAGUAUUCGAAGGUCACCAGUGUGAGUCUGUUAUCGAUUCUCCAUUCAAAGAUAAAAGUCUAAAUAUUGAAAUUGUUGGUUCUUGUAACGGUUUAAUUCUGAUGAGAUGCUCAAAAGAUUACUUGGGGAGUAGGCGUUGGCUUUGGAAUCCAUGUACUAAAGAGCUGAAAGGAAUAGUAAAUCCAACAAUUAAACAUGGAUUGUUAGAUUAUCAUGGGAUUGGUUAUAAUCGCGAUACAGAUGAUUAUUCCACGAUUGUGGUAGCUACCCGUUACAUCGAGCGUUACUCGAAUCGUUAUCGUGUCUAUGAAAUUGAGCUUUGCACAUUAGGAUCGAAGUUACGGAACACCGUAUUCGGCAUCGUUUCUUAUGAAAUUAUAAGUAUGGAUGGUAAGGCUGAAGCAAUAUUUGUUUUUGGAGCUUUUCACUGGAUAGGGAGACGACUUCCAUCCAAUAGAUUAUGUAUUGUUUCUUUCGAUAUCCGUCGAGAGAACUUCAUCGAAGUAGUGGUCACCCCACUAGUAAGUGAUAUAUUAAAUAACGUUGAUAAUAAUCACAAAGCGUUGGGUGAUUUAGCUGGGUGUCUUUGCUUUAUACGAACAUAUGGUGGUUUCAAUAUUGAUGUCUGGGUGAUGAAAGAUUACAAUGUGUCUGAAUCAUGGACUAAAUUGUUCAUCGCUCGGCUCCCAGUAGUUGAAAAGUCCAUAAACUCUGUGAAAUUACUAUGGGAGUUCAAGAAUGGUGAAGUUUUAUUUGUAACAACCACGGAAUCAGAUCACAAGAAUCGUUUAGUUUUAUAUGACCCGGUUAGUAAAAAAUCUAAAGUUACCAUUAUCCAACAUACUGCACGCAACAAAUGGAAUAUAGAGGCUUACGCUGAGAGGAGUCGUGACGCUUGA